AUGGAGUCAACAGCUCGUAUCAGUAUUCAAAGUGGAGCUCAUGCUGGGGUUACUGAUAUCCACGAGCACUACAAAACACCACUAUUCUGGGCUGCGUGCAAGGGUUACGAGUCCGUGGUGAAACUCUUACUCGAAAAAGAGCAUGUUGAUGCCGAUUGCAAGGAAUCCAAUGGCGAGACACCCCUGCUCGCAGCUGCUCAGCACGGUCAUGAAGCGGUUGUGAAGCUUUUACUUGAGACCGGGCGUGUUGAUGCUGAUUCAAAAUAUACCUACGAGACACCGCUGUUCCGGGCCGCGUAUGAAGGCCACGAGGCGGUGGUGAAACUAUUACUUGAAACUGGACGCGUUAAUUUGCAGCCAAAGGACGACCCCAAUGGUUGGACACCGCUGUAUGUCGCUGCAUGGAAUGGCCACGAAGCGGUGGUAAAACUCUUACUUGCGACCGAGGAUAUUGACGCAGAUUCAAAGGACUCCAACGGCUGGACACCGUUGUUGCGGGCUGCGCAGAAUGGCCACGAGGCGGUGGUGGAACGUGUACUUGCAACUGGGCAAGUUGAUGUGCAGCCAGAGGAAGGCCCCAGCGGUUGGACACCACUGUCCGUCGCCACGCAGAAUGGCCACGAAGCGGUGGCAGAGCUUUUACAGUCUCACUUCGUCUGGACCGAGUGGCGAAGCUUUUGGAACCGGGCAGGUUGA